UGUGUGAAAAGAAUUCCAAUCAUUUGACAUCACUAUAAAACAUAUCAAUGGCCGAUACAUCUCCAAAAGUGGCAAAAUAAGCAGUACACAAGAGAACAUGAAGUCUGUUUAUAACAUCUUCCUAGUGUUGUUCAUCUUCUUCCUCGUUGUUCUUGGUGAGUCGCCAGAGAAGAUAGAAGACGGCGAAAAGUUCAAAUGCCUGCAAGAGUACGGAGGAGACGUGGGUCCCACGUUUUGUAACCCUAAAUUCUUCCCAACGUUGUGUCGUCAGAACUGCCGGAGUUUCAAAGGUGCGAAAGGCGGGAGAUGCGUGAAGAAACACAAAAACAAACCUAUCAAAUGCUUCUGCGACUACUGCAAAGACGAGUAAAUUACUAGAGAGCAUCAACCGCUGGUUGCAGUUCAAAUCGGUAAACGCAGCCGCCCCCACCCACUAUUUCAAACAAGAGAACACUCUAUUUCCCUAAUCGUUAUGUAAUUUCAUAUCAAUUUAUAAAUGUAGUAAUGUCCCAAGUCGUCUAUGAAUAAUGCUACAAAUAAAUAUAGAUGCCUAUUUAUGAUGA